CAGCAGCUGCCCUUGCCCAACCGGUGACCCCUGUGCCUCGCUUCCAACCACGGCGGAGUCAGUCAAGCCCACCCUCUGCAGAGUUGUCAUCUACCUGCAGAAGGACAUGUCUGGGGACACCUGCCUGGCCAGCGUCUGUCCCCUGCCAGGAGCCAAGCCCAGGAGCUGCAGCUUCAAAGCCGGCAGCCCGGGCAAUAAGUAUGUGCGCCUCAAUGUUGGCGGCUCCCUGUACUACACCACAAUGCAGGUGCUGACAUGGCAUGACACCAUGCUGAAGGCCAUGUUCAGCGGCAGGAUGGAGGUCCUCUCCGACAAGGAAGGCUGGAUUCUCAUUGAUCGUUGUGGGAAGCACUUUGGGACUAUUCUCAACUACCUCCGUGACAACACAGUUGUGCUGCCCAAAAACCGGCAGGAGAUCAAAGAACUGAUGGCAGAAGCCAAAUACUACCUCAUCCAGGGGCUGGUUGACCUCUGUCAGGCUGCCCUGCAGGACAAGAAGGAUUCCUACAAGCCAGUCUGCAACAUCCCUGUCAUCACGUCCCCCAAGGAAGAAGAAAGGCUCAUCGAGUCCUCCAUGAAGCCUGUAGUGAAGCUGCUUUACAACAGAAGUAAUAACAAAUACUCCUACACGAGCAACUCUGAUGACAACUUAUUGAAGAACAUUGAACUGUUUGAUAAGCUGUCCCUCCGCUUCAAUGGGCGGGUCCUCUUCAUCAAGGAUGUGAUUGGUGAUGAGAUCUGCUGCUGGUCCUUCUACGGGCAGGGGCGGAAGCUGGCUGAAGUUUGCUGCACAUCCAUAGUCUACGCUACCGAGAAGAAGCAGACCAAGGUGGAAUUCCCCGAGGCCCGGAUCUACGAGGAAACACUGAAUGUUCUGCUGUAUGAGACCCCCCGCGUGCCCGACCAUUCUCUGCUGGAGGCCACAAGCCGCAACCGAAGCCAGGCCUCUCAGAGCGAGGACGACGAGGGCUUUGAGCUGCGCGACAGGGUGCGGCGCAUCCACGUGAAGCGAUACAGCACUUACGAUGACCGGCAGAUUGGCCACUAGACCCUUGUGGUCAGUGUUGAAGGGCAUCUUUUGCUCAGAAAAGUCCCCUGGUCACAUCUCUGGUAUUUAUUUGCACCAGGCAGGACAGCUAGUUGUGAUUUUGUGCCAACCAAUUGAGCACAUUUGUGACUUGUCACGUUGCAAGAGGAUUGAGGGCCUGGUGCUUUUUGAUGCUUGUUAGCUUGAGCAGCAUCUCUUAAAUGAAGUGUCCCUUUUUCAGGCUCUGGAAGCCUCGGUGGAUUGACUAUCUCCCCCCCCCCCAUCUUCCUUCCCUUGUCAGCCCCCCUCUCCCAGAUGCUGCCUGAAGGACUCGGACUGAGUUUGACAUCCAGAUGCUGAGGAUGACCAGAAGGUGGCCCAGCGGCUCUUUUCCUCUUUAAGGGAGACUGGCCUUUGUUGCUAAACUUGAGCAGAAUUUGAUUCUGAAGGAUCCCUGGGAAGCUUCCUGCGCCCUCUUGCCUAAAUCCCUUGCGUUGGGGGCACCUGCAAAUCCUGGCGCUGGCUCCCCUCCCCCCACCUUGGAGCUGGGUCCACAGAGGCCCACCUGCCACUCAUUCAUGACUGCCCUGUGAGGAACGGCUGCUGAGCCUGCUCUUGGUCAGGUUAUCCUAAACCAAUUGGUUUUUUAAAAAAAAUUAUUUUAGUAUAUUGACAAAUAAAAUCAGAGUAAGAAGCAGAGAAUGGGAAACUCUCCGAGAGAUUGCAAAGGCUGUUGGUAUACUAACAGGUGGGUGAGGUUGAAGUUGGGCUGAGUCUGGGUCAUGGUGAGCCAUCCAGAGUAAUGGAUCCAUGCUCAAAUCAAAGGGCUUGCCAGGAACUCAUAAUCUUGCACAAGGGUCUGCUCUCCACCUUGGAAGUGCAAUAAGCCCUAGCCUCCCCCCAUCUCAGAGCACCAUAAUCGUGGAUGUGGGAGAUCCUUCAUGUGCCUUCAAAGCGCCAUGCUGCUACAUGCACAGGCCAUCGCCCCCCCGCCAGCCUUCUCGCACUUUGGCUUCUGUGCAAACCAGAUGGAAUUUCAACUUGCCACUCUCUGCUGUCCAUGGUAUUCUGCCUGCACCGAAUAGGAACCAAUUAGAUAUGCUACUUGGCAACAUGCAUAUAUUAUGCAAACUCAUAUUUUUGCAUACUUUCUCUGCUAGCCAUUGUGGGGAGAGCUAAACUAGACACUAUAGCAUGAUCAUGAGAGACGUUGUUGAGUCCUUCUCCCAUCCAGCUCUGUUUGCCUUCUAACAUUUUAAUUUGUCAUUGUUCACACAUUGACAAUUGUGUCUUCAGUGCCAUGAGUUCUAGAAUCCUGACUGUUUUAAAAGCUGCAAUUUCUGCAUGCCAAGUCAAAUCUUGCAUUUGUACAUGAUGGCAGAUUUGAUGCAGCUCCAACUAAUGUUCCAAAAGACACAUUUUUUGCCUGUGAAUUAUGUCAGUUACUUGCAUUCUGCUGAAUUCAACAUCUGUCAUCUGUUUUUUCCCUGCUCUUUUUUUGUGUAUGUGUCAUAUAACUGAGAACAUAUAGUGCCAGGAUGGAUUCUACACCUUUGAAAUGCAAUUGAGUCUGAAUGUAAUCUUCCCUUACUCAUUUCUCAAAAAAGGAACAAAAAAUACGUUCUUUUCAGAA